AUGCAACAAGUGAAUGGAGUACCUAUUUAUUCAGAUGAUCCAAACUCAUAUUUUGAAGGAUUAAAUACACAACCAACAUGGUUCAGUGCUCAAGGAGGGGUUUAUAAAUGUAGAGAGCUAUCUACCAACAAAGAAGUAGCCAUUAAAAAGUACCUUGUUGAAGAAGAUAGUCAAUAUGAAAAUAUGUUUGUUAUGCCUAAAGAGCUUGUUGAAAAUGAAAUAUAUUCAAUGACAAAGUGUGUCCAUCCAAACAUACUAGAACUAUUAGCCGUCUAUCUACACCAAGAAUUUGUUUAUUUAAUCAUGCCUCUUUGUACCGGUGGUUCAUUACAGCAAUAUGUCUUUGAACAUCAUCUUACUGUAGGCCAACUUGUGUAUAUUAUUCGUUCUAUUGCAUCUGGUCUAGCAAAAUUACAUGAAUACGGAUACAUACACCGAGAUAUAAAAUGCGAUAACAUUUUUUUAAAUCAACAAGACAACAGCAUCGUCAUUGGCGACUUUGGUGUAGUAUCCAUAUCACCUGCAGCCGAUUCAAGUAUAGAAGAAGCGGGUGUAGUAUUAUUUUGGUCACCUGAACUUGUGCAGCAAAAAAUUGUCAAUUAUAAAAUCGAUAUCUGGGCUUUGGGUAUUGUGAUACUAGAAGUAUUAAAUGGUGGUAAAGCACCUUAUGAAGAUGAAGGCUUAGAAGAAGAAGAGGUAAACACCCUAAAUAGGUCAAUAUACAAAAGCAUUAAGACCAUAUAA